GUUAGGCUUUGACCAGUAUUACUUCCUCACCGCAUCGCCUUCAACGUCGUUUUCUGCAGUCGAAUCUACCCCGCCGUGUUAUUUUUCCUUCCCUAAGCUCUUGCGGCGACGACGUCACCACCGCCUCCCUUUACGAGCACGGAACUGCUUCGCCUCAACUCCAUAUCAUCAAGUUUUUCAUCAUCAGCUCAGUGCGGUACGGCGAUAAAGGGAGAGAUGGGAAAAGGGAGAACACAGAUGGAGGUUGGGGCGGAUGGAGUAGCUCUGAUAACGAUCGAAAACCCUCCGGUCAAUGCCCUCUCACCUGACGUACUGUUGAACCUGAAGGAAAAUUAUGAGGAAGUCAUGAGAAGAGAUGAUGUGAAAGCAAUUGUCCUUACAGGUGCUCGAGGAAAAUUUUCGGGAGGUGCUGAUAUCUCUUCAUUCAAGGAAGGAGAAGGAGAUUCACCGAGAAACAGUUCCAUGUCAAUAGAAUUUCUUACCGAUAUUCUGGAAGGUGGAAGAAAACCAUCAGUAGCCGCAAUUGAUGGCGUUGCUCUUGGCGGUGGGUUGGAGAUUGCAAUGGCAUGUCAUAGUCGCAUUUCCACUUCUUCUGCUCUGUUAGGACUUCCUGAACUUCAACUUGGAAUAAUUCCAGGAUUAGGAGGUAUUGUUCCUGGAAUUUCUGACUUGGGUUUGACCCCUAGAAAUAUAAGUAAAGUUGGUAUUCUUGGUGGCGGUUUAAUGGGCUCUGGGAUUGCUACUGCACUAAUACUUAGCAAUCAACGGGUGAUACUUAAAGAAGUAAAUGACAACUUCCUUCAGGCUGGGGUUGGCAGAGUUAAAGCAAAUUUGCAAAGUCGUGUUAAGAAAGGGACAAUGACACAAGAGAACUUUGAGAAAGCUCUUUCUCUUCUCACAGGUGUUCUUGACUACGAGCAAUUUGGGGAUGUGGACAUGGUUAUUGAGGCUGUUAUUGAAAAGGUUGAUUUGAAACAACAAAUUUUUGCUGAUCUUGAAAAAUACUGUCCUCCACAUUGCAUCCUUGCUACCAACACCUCAACCAUUGAUUUAAAUCUGAUUGGUGAAAGCACAAAAUCACAGAACAGAAUUGUGGGAGCACAUUUCUUUAGCCCUGCGCAUAUAAUGCCACUUCUAGAGAUAGUGCGUACACAUAACACAUCUCCUCAAGUUGUUGUGGACCUUCUAGCUGUUGGGAAAAAGAUACACAAAACACCCAUUGUUGUUGGGAAUUGUACUGGAUUUGCUGUAAACCGCAUGUUCUUCCCCUACACUCAGUCUGCGCUGUUACUUGUUGAUCGUGGUUUAGAUGUCUAUAAGAUUGAUCAGGCAAUUACCAAAUUUGGUAUGCCAAUGGGCCCUUUCAGAUUGGCUGAUCUUGUUGGUUUUGGUGUUGCUGUUGCUACUAUUCUGCAAUACCUUCAAAGUUACCCUGAAAGAUGCUAUAGAUCUGAAUUAAUGAAGCUCAUGCUUGAUGAUAAGAGGACAGGUGAAAGUUCCCGGAAGGGCUUCUAUUUAUAUGAUGAUAGGCGAAAGGCUACCCCUGAUCCCGAGAUAGGCAAAUAUAUAGAGAAAUCAAGAAACAUGGCUGGUGUUGAGGCUGAUCCCCAGCUUAUGAAGUUGCCGGACAAGGACAUAGUAGAGAUGAUAUUCCUGCCAGUAGUGAACGAAGCUUGCCGAGUCCUUGAUGAAGGAAUUGCAGUAAAAGCAUCUGAUCUGGACAUUGCCUCCAUCAUGGGAAUGGGCUUCCCUUCCUUCAGGGGUGGCCUUAUGUUUUGGGCGGAUUCUCUGGGUGCUAAGUACAUACACAAAACACUGGAGCAAUGGGCAUUAACGUAUGGUAAUUUCUUCAAGCCAAGUUCAUAUCUUGCAGAGAGAGCUGCCAAGGGAAUUCCUCUGGGUGCUCCAGUUAAUCAGGCUAGUUCGAGGUUAUGAUCUCAUCCUUCUUAAAGUCUGUUGUUUGGAAGAAAACUGGAAAUAUGGGGUGGAAAUAAGUGAAUGUAGGGCCUUAAAACGCUUAAUAAAGGAGAUUGAAACCGCUUGUGUUUCUUAAAAAUUAUAUCGUUUAAUUUCAGUAAAAUUUGGUUUUGAACUGAAUUGUUCAAUCGCUUUGAAAGCAUGUAGUUAAAAGUGAUGGCUAAGGAAUUGAAUUGAAAUUGUUAUAUA